AUGGCCUAUACAUCAAGCUUCUGUGGCAACAUUCAUAAUUAUUAUGUAGCAGCAGUAAUGCUGUUUUUCAAGAUCAGCAUAUUGUUCUUGGAGUCUUCCAAUGCAGCGGAAGUUAGCUACAAUGUGAUGAAGUUUGGUGCACGAGCAGAUGGGAAGACGGACUCGACCCAAGCAUUCGUCAAGGCAUGGGCAUCGGCGUGCAGCUCCGGGCAGGGCAAUGCUGUCAUGUACAUCCCCAAAGGAAGGUUCUUGUUGAAGGCUGUGGUGUUUAGAGGUCCAUGCAAGACCAGACAAGUUACAGUUCGAAUAGACGGAACCCUUGUGGCCCCCACGGACUAUAGGGCUUUGGGAAACUCAGGCUACUGGAUUUUAUUCAUUGAGGUCACCGGACUUAGGGUCCUCGGUGGUUCCCUCGAUGCCAGGGGGUCUGCAUUAUGGGCUUGCAGGAAAUCCGGUAAGAGUUGCCCUGUUGGAGCUAGGUCUAUAACGUUCAAUUGGGCAAACAACGUUCUGGUAAGUGGUUUAACAUCGAUCAACAGUCAGGCAACCCACCUUGUAGUCAACAGCUGCAACAAUGUGGUCGUUCGAAACGUGAAGCUGAUCGCUCCGAGUGAAAGCCCAAACACAGAUGGCAUUCAUGUGCAGAGCUCUACCGGAGUCACCAUCACGGGCAGCAUCUUACAAACCGGAGACGAUUGCAUAUCAAUCGGUCCAGGCACCAGAAACCUCUAUAUGAGCAACAUCAAGUGUGGUCCAGGACACGGCGUAAGCAUUGGAAGUCUAGGCAAGGAUCUCAAGGAAGAUGGUGUCCAAAAUGUAACCCUAACGAAUGCGGUGUUCAGUGGAUCAGACAAUGGAGUACGAAUAAAGUCAUGGGCCAGGCCCAGCACUGGCUUCGUUAAGAACAUUCUCUUCCAAAACAUCAUAAUGAGGAACGUUAAAAAUCCCAUCAUCAUUGACCAGGAUUAUUGCCCCAAUAACCAAGGCUGUCCUUCUAUGAGUUCGGGUGUGAAGAUUAGUCAAGUGACAUACAGAAACAUACAAGGGACGUCGGGAACGGCAGAGGCAGUAACAUUUUAUUGCAGCCCUAGCACUCCAUGUACAGGGAUUAGAUUGCAAGACAUCAAGCUUACAUAUCUGAAUAAACCUACCACGUCCUCGUGCAAGAACAUUGGUGGAACCAGCACUGGACUGCUUAUGCCAGAUUCUUGUAUAUAGAUAAUUGAUCUAUAUAUUAUUAAGGGAAUUAUGUACGUGUGUCGUACGUGAUUUUACAACAGCAUAAGACAUAUAUCGAUCAGGUUGUAUGAUUGUAUCAAGAUUAAUUACCACUGAUCAAUGGUGAUG